UUGCCAUUAGUCUGCACUCACCCGCACCCCUCCCCACCCAUCACCAUACACAAUGUCUGCCCAGCCCCUGUCUCGUGAGGACUCUGUCUACCUGGCCAAGCUCGCUGAGCAGGCCGAGCGCUACGAGGAAAUGGUUGAGAACAUGAAGCACGUCGCGUCUUCAGACCAGGAGCUCACCGUCGAGGAGCGUAAUCUCCUAUCUGUUGCGUACAAGAACGUCAUUGGCGCGCGCCGUGCGUCGUGGCGAAUUGUCUCCUCCAUCGAGCAAAAGGAGGAGUCCAAGGGCAACGAGGCCCAGGUCAAGAUGAUCAAGGCAUACCGGGAGAAGAUCGAGAGCGAGCUCGCAAAGAUCUGCGAGGAUAUUCUUGACGUCCUCGACAAGCACCUUAUCCCAUCGGCUGCAUCGGGUGAAUCAAAGGUGUUCUACCACAAGAUGAUGGGCGACUACCACCGUUAUCUCGCCGAGUUUGCAACCGGCGACAAGCGGAAAGAGAGCGCAGACAAGUCGCUCGAGGCGUACAAGGCUGCAUCGGAUGUUGCCGUCACGGAGUUGCCGCCCACGCACCCUAUUCGCCUUGGCCUUGCGCUCAACUUCUCGGUCUUCUACUACGAGAUUCUCAACAGCCCCGACCGUGCAUGCCAUCUCGCAAAGCAGGCGUUUGAUGACGCUAUUGCUGAGCUUGAUACGCUAUCGGAGGAGAGCUACAAAGACUCGACUCUCAUCAUGCAGCUCCUCCGUGAUAACCUCACCCUCUGGACCUCCGACAUGCAGGAAUCUGCAGACAAGCCGGCUGAGAAGGACGAGGCUGAGGCUGUUGAGGAGUAGACGCGUCCUGUUUCAUGGCCGGGUCAGUGAAGUUUUUGCAACGCUGGCAGCUUUAUUGUUGUUAGCGUGGUGCUCCUAAUCAUCAGCAAUGUCGCAUUUU